ACCAUUUUUGACCCUUGUUUUUUAACACUGAGCUUAACAUCCAUAAAUUUCACAUUGUCACGUUGUAAAUAAACAAAUGUGAGCCGAUGGGCCCCGUCCGGCAUGACGUCCAUAAAUACUCAUCUUGUCCUACAUUUGAAUGCCAGCGAUUAUGCUGAGAGAAGCGUCGAAGUGGCUGAGCCCAGGCUGCCGGCGUCGCGACGCUGUCAGUAUCGUAAAGCCUCAGCAGCGUGCGCGUGUCUAUAACCGGAAUUUACGCACAGAAAUAGCGUUUUGUUUGUGGGGUGGUUCACACAAGUCGUGAUUAUAAUGUGACCGUUGAUUGAGGUAAUAAAUUAAGGGUGGUAAACUAUGGGAAGUUUGAUGAAAAAAUCCCUGGGUGGAAGCAUACAUCGAAUCCGCGAGUUUGAACUUGAAAAAGUAAAUUUAGCCGAAGAAUUCGACAUUUUGCAAAUCGUGGGCGAAGGAUGGUUCGGCAAGAUCCUCCUGGUGGAGCACAAGGCCACCGACACCGAGAUGGUGCUCAAGGCCCUCCCCAAGCCCUACACCUCCAUCAAGGACUUCUACAGGGAGUUCCACUACGGCCUGCACCUGGGGGCGCACAAGAACAUCAUCACGACCUACGACGUGGCCUUCGAAACGGCCGGAUUCUACGUCUUCUCGCAGGAAUACGCCCCUCUGGGCGAUUUGACUUCCAACGUCUCCGACACCGGCAUCGGGGAGCUGCACACGAAGCGCGUGGCGAAACAACUCUCCGCCGCUUUGGAGCACCUCCACACGCGUGACCUGGUGCACCGCGACGUGAAGUUGGACAAUAUCCUAGUGUUUAAGUCGGACUUUUCGCGUAUCAAACUGUGUGAUUUCGGAGAGACGCGACGUGCUGGUUCGGUGGUGAUGCGACGGAACGAGUGGCUGCCCUAUGCGCCCCCGGAGGUGCUCCAAGUCGCCACAGACGGGAGCUACAUGACCAACACUAGUCACGACGUUUGGCAGUUUGGAAUUGUGAUAUUUGUGUGUUUGACCGGGUGUCUUCCAUGGCAGAAAGCCGCCCCUGACGACCCCCGGUACUCCAGGUAUAUUUCCUGGCAAAGCAGCACUAUUCCACUGAAAAGACAGCCAAAAUUGUUUAAACUGGUGUCGUCCAAAGCCCAAAAACUCUUCAAAAAAUAUUUAGAACCAAAACCCGAGAAAAGACCAGCGGGGCUUGCCGAAGUCCAUCGAUAUUUGGAAGACCGCUGGAUGUCCAAAGGCGGGAUGGAGAAAACGAGCGAGUUGCCGGAUGAAGAGGAGGGGCUUUGCCCCUCAAUGUACAGCUUCCACAGCAGUCCGGAGGAAAAAAAUAAACUACUCUUCACCCUAACCCAGUACGGACUUGAGACAACCGUUGACCGAACGGCCAAAAAGGACCGAAUCCGCCAGUGGAUCCAGUCGAGUGUCAUUGAGGAGGAAAACGAAGAAGAAAUCGAAGCACUGUCCGAUGAAGAAAUCGGCCCUGAGGGGGAGCGAAACGAGUCGCGCGGACCUGUCUCAGCCCCCAAAACCAACGGCCUCGAAACGGACAAAACCAGCCGAAGGAGAGCCUCAACGCUCAGUCUUCGCAAAGUUCCGGACUUUUAUAUCCCCCCGAUUGACCCACGAAUCCCCCUUGAAGAGCAAAAGGAGAAAAACGUGUCUCGCAGUCAAAUCAUCAAGACGAAAGACAAGCCGAAGGACGAGUUUUCAAUAAGCAAAGCGUUGCCAUUCCAGAACUUACAAGUGGUGAACUCACUGUCAUCACUUGAUUCCAGUGAUAGUAGCACAGUGAAGCACCACAAAAUUAACGUGCAGUUGCCCCAAUCGGAGAAAUACGUUUAUGGGGCCACCCCUAACGGGGUGAGCAACGGGGUGCGCAGGUCGCCCCCUGUUAACGUACGAGGGGCUGAAAAGAUGUACAGGGCGUACUCGGCCACGGAAGUCCGAGGGAAUGGACAUUACUCAAGGAAAUAAAUGCUCAAAACGUGACUGAUUGUUAUUUAUAUUUGUACAUAUUAACGUGUUAUUACCACAUUUGUAUCAUGGAGUGAUUAAUAACUAGUCCUAGGCCAAUUUAGAGUAAAAAAUGUUUUAUUUAAA